AACUAAAUUGGAAACUAUCGGUAAUUUAAAGUAAACCUGCCGUCGAUGCUAUCGAUGUUGUAAACUAUCGAUGGCAUAGUUAUCGAUAGUUCUGCACCUUUAAUAAGCGCGAGCCGCAGACGUUAAACCACGUUAAACGGCGUCGCGAGGAAAAUAAGUAUUAUUUACGUAUCUUAAUAUAUAGCAAAAAUUAUAUCAAACGUCAAACAGUACAAAAAUGAAUACCACGGAAGCUGAGACUGUUGCCGAUCAAGUUCAGAAUAUGAUUAUUUCUCUUUGCGGUGAACAGAAGCCAGAGUUGAUUAGAAGAUUUAUGCGUUUUUCCCUUGGGUUAUUGUCAUCUACUCAUGGUAUAGAAACACUAAGAGAGGAUGAAGUAACUGUAGCAACAUAUAUAAGGAACAAAUUAUCGGAGCGUGAUGCAAUAGAAUUUGAUAAAUUACACAGUGAUUUAAAAGAUGGGCCACUGAAGAAUCGCAUAAGUAUUCUAAUAUUUUUGCUGAACAUGGGUCAGCCAGCAGAACAGAUAAAGGACAGAGUUUUCUCGUUUCCAGACAUGAAAUUGGGUUUAAGUCCAAUUGCAUCCACUAGUGGGCAAUCAUCACAAACAUCAUGUUCUCAAGCACAAGUCGUGUCUGUGAAUACCACAGAGACAAAUUCAAGAGGAUUAUUGGUAAACCAAAGUAAAAUAUUCAAUGAGGAGUACGUUUCAGAAGAUGUACUGGUCCAGGACUUGAUAUAUUCUUUUCAAAGUGUGGAAGGGAAGAUCUUAAAGUUAGACUCAAGCUACGGCUUUCAGAUAGAUUCCACAGCCAAAAUUAAUAGGUCACAAAGGCAAGCUGUUUCAAGACUGAGUGAGCUGGGAUACUUACAUAAUGUAGUGCGAAGAGGUUUGGAGAGAAUGUCCGGGGCCAAUGCAGGCAGGGUCGCCGACAGUUUUGUCGCUGCGCUGCAUAAAGAAUUGUCAGAAUAUUAUAGGUUUAUAGCCAUAAUGCAAGAAGAAGUGAAUAGAUCGCAAAAUCAAAUAGUUACGUACGGAGUUACACUCUCUCACCUGCAUCUCUGGACGUGCGAUCCUUUCGAGACAUUAAAGUGGUUGGCCAGCAUAGUGAGAGCCUGUCAAGGUCUAAAAGGCGGUGCAUUAGCGUCUGCCGUUUACAACUUUAGCUGUCACGGCGACGCGAACGUGAAGAAUCUUGUCAAGAGAAUCUUGGAAAGUGUCUGUAGUCCCUUGUACAAUAUGUUAAUGAAAUGGAUCGCUGAUGGAGAAUUGGACGAUCCGUAUAAAGAGUUCUUCAUUCAAGCGUGCGCCGAUGUUAGCGGCGACCGAAUGUGGCAUGACAAGUACCAGGUGAAAAAUUCCAUGUUGCCGUCGUUUAUCAGCAAGGCGCAAGCGAAGAAGAUUCUGGGGACGGGCAAGAGCAUCAACUUUUUGCGCGAAGUUUGCAAAGAUUUUACGCCGUGGCAAGGCAGACACACGGAUAUGUUCAUAAAUGGCGACGAAGUAUAUAAUGUUGAGGUUUUUUUCGAUAUGGACCCGGACGGUCGCUUACAAACUACGAUGGACGCCGCUUACAAGGAAACCGCGGCUAGAGUUGUCGAGAUAUUAACGAAACAGUAUCAUCUAAUGGAACACCUACAGGGAAUCAAGAGUUACCUCUUGCUUGGCCAAGGCCACUUUAUCCAACACCUGAUGCACUUAUUAGGGCCCGAAUUGGCUAAGCCAUCGAAUUCCCUAUAUCCUCAUAACAUAUCAUCUAUACUCGAUACCGCAAUAAGAGCGACCAGUACAAAAUUGGACGACUUAGAUGUUCAGAGACGCUUAGACGUCAGAUUAUUAGAUCCUUCAGAAAACGAAACAGGAUGGGACGUUUUCUAUUUAGAUUAUAAUGUCGACGGGCCGAUAGGCACAAUUCUGGAGCCAUGCAGGCAGACGUAUCAAACGGUAUUCUUCGCGUUAUGGCGGGCAAAGAGGAUGGAGUCGAUUCUGUCCGGUAUUUGGAAGCGGCAGACGACGUCGGCCAAAAUGUUCAGAAGAAUGCCGGAAGUGUUGCCGAUCCAGAACCAUAUACACUUGAUCACCAGCAGCAUGGUCCAUUUGGUUCAUCAGAUGCUAUAUUACUUUUUAUUCGAGGUGAUCGAGUGUUCAUGGGACACAUUCGCGAAGCAACUUGUUCAGGCAACGUCUCUCGACGACAUAAUCGUGGCUCAUAAUUAUUUUGUCGAUUCUGUCAGACAUGGUACAUUAUUAGACGAGAAGUCGCAGAAACUGAUGGAUCACCUACGCUCCGUCUACUACCCGAUCCAGGAUCUCCAGAAUCACGAGGAAACUUUCCUGGUGCGUGCUACUCAAGAAUACGAAGCGAGAUUAAAAACCGAUGGUUUUGCGCAACCGAAGAAAUCGGACCGUACGAAUAAAAAGGAUCAGGAAGCUGUGGAGAGAGAAGCGGCGUUUUCGAAGUAUCUGAACACGUUCUCGAGACAACUGAAACUACUUUCGAGAACUUAUCAAGAUCGUGUGAAAAAAUUUUUACUUAUGCUUGCCUCUGCUGAAGACGUAUCGUUGCAGUUACUCAGCGUACGAUUAGAUUUUAACGAAUAUUACAAGAGUCAGGAUAACCGACUAGUUGCGCCGUUAACGUAUCAACACCGUAGACAAAGCGAUCAGACUUUCUUUGGAUGCAAGUGACAAUCGGUAGCGGAAAAUUCAUUAGAAGCCUUAAGUGAUUCAAGUCACAUUUCUAAUAAAUGUUAUAUCCAAACCGCUGUACAGAAUUCGUCUGAUUUUAACAGUAAGGAUAAAAGCAUGCUCGAUUCUACCAGUGACAGCCCCCCCACAUUUUGUUCUCUGUAUUGGCAACAUGAUAUCACCGAUUUCUUUUAUAGACCACAAUCGUCCGAAAUGAUGACAGAUAUCGAUGGCUCUGUCGCUUUGCACAAAAGAAGGUGUAGAACCAAUCUGAAAAAUGCCGAACUAAGUAAACGUACGUUUAGGAUAUUUUUGGAAAAACAGAUAUUGUCACACGUUAAAGUAGAGAUACGGAAAAAUACCGACGAGGUUCAAACUCCUUCAACGCCCGUCUUCGACUAUAACGAGGGCGAUCUUACGUUAAAUUAUGCACGAUUAGCGUUUCAGCCGUUUCGAACAACCAUGUCCGGAGAGAAGUCGUUCAUUAAAAGUGAUUUGAAUCUACCGAGCUUAGAAGCUGAGGCGUGUCCCAUUGACAAAGCUGUAAGAGUGGCUGAUGCAAC